CCGCCUAAGGGAACUAAUAGCAAAAUGUUUAGGCUGCACUUCAGAGAAUGAAAAAAUAACGAAAAAGGAUUUAACAUAUUACUGUAAUAAGGGAUUGACUUGCGAAAACGGGAUUAAACAUACAAUGUGUAACAAUAAGACGAAAUUUGGAAAAGCAUGUAGACUGAAUCCGAGGCAUGAGCCACUGAGUGAUGAUGAUCGCAAACUUAUCCUUGAAUUGGUCAAUAAUGCACGCAGUGAUCAUGCUCGCGGUAAAGUAACCUAUGACAGCCAAAAAAUCGGACCAUUCAAAGAUGUGGAGGCUGCUAAAAUGAUAGAAACUAUAUGGAGUGACGAAGAUGAAAUGAUUUCAUUGAAUCAUGCGGUCAGAUGUACAAUGAAACCCGACAAAUGCCAUCGAACGGCAUUUAAAAAAUUUGCUGGCCAAAAUCUUGGUGUAGUAUGCCGAAGUGCUCAUUAUACAGUCAAAGAAGUGAUUAAUGAAAUAGUUCACAAUGGUUGGCGAGCUCAAUGCAACAAUUAUCCCCAGAACACAGCUAGCUGGAUGCAGAAUUUUCCGACUAGCAGAGAUUUGGCAAAGAAACAAAUCUUUCCAAGUACAGUAGAAAAUUAUGCUACAUUGAUGAUAGAAGAUAAUUUCUCUAUGGGCUGUUCUAUUGUUAGAGAUGAGCUUAUGGCUGACGAUGUUAAUUCGGCCGGCAAAUUAAUAAAGAAGAAAGUGUUCUGCAGUUAUAUGACAUGCAAUUUUGCUCGUUCAAUAGUAAGAGAUAAUAUUACGAAUACGGCCCAGGUUUAUGAAAAGGGUAAAGCACAAAGCAAAUGUGGCGUACUUGGCCACAGUAUGGAGUAUAAGGGUCUUUGUGGACCAAUUGAUCCUCAAAAACAUUCAUUUGAUGAAUUACCAAUUGACAAACGUCUCUUUGUUAAGGAGACUUGGCCCGAAAACGAAGCACCACCAGUCAAAAAGUGGAAAAAACUCAACAAAGUUGGACCAUGA